CCGGGCUUUCGUAUCUCUGUCGGUGCUCGUCUCAGGCUACUCCGCGUCCAUCUCACCGACGAGCGUGCCAUCUUCGACCACCUAUUGAUCUGGUAUACUGUGGACCUCGGACGUUGGAACUUAUCUGCAUAGGCCGGUUAGAACGACCUCGGAGGCCAGCUUGUAGCUCGAAUACGACCGCCCCUCCCCAUAUCGAAAAGGUCGCGUCCAGAGCGCCUGCGGGAAACUAGCUCGCAGUGCUGAAGCAGUAGCCUACCAAGGAUCAUGGGCUCCGGGCUGAACGGCAUCUUGCCACCAUCGCCGGAUGGAAAGGUUGUAGAUGCUGCUCUAGCACAGUCUACUGUGCCCGUCGCGCAAGCAACAAACGGAGGCGGUUCGACGCUAUUGAGUGUUUUCGGUGACAAUCCAUACUUCCAAGCCGGGUUCGGCCUUGUGGGUCUCGGCGCUGGCCUGAGUGUGUUCCGCCAUGGUCUCGUCUACGCUUCCACGGCACUGCGACGCCGAAUGCUCGUCUCCCUCGAGAUCAAUAACAAGGAUCCAUCCUACGAGUGGUUCCUGACAUGGAUGGCGGCCCGCUCAGUAGCAGUCGCAGAAGCCGGUGCGAAAGCGAAGCCCUGGUCUCCCAGAUUCUGGACGCGCAGCCACAACGUGAGCGUGCAGACGGUACACGAACAGCGCAAGAAUGGCAGCUCGAACGUAUCCUUCAAGCUCGUCGCCGGCCCUGGAACACAUUUCCUUCGCUACCGGGACGCGUGGAUGCAGGUGAAGCGCGAGCGCGAGACCCGCUCGCAGCAACUCAUGUCCGGAAUCCCUUGGGAGACGGUCACGCUCACGACACUGUCGCGGGACCGGGAAAAGUUCCGUGAGUUGUUGGCCGAGGCGCGGGACAUGGCCCUGCACGCACAGGAGGGAAAACUUGUUAUACACACGGCUUGGGGCACUGAGUGGAAGCCAUUUGGGCAGCCGCGGAGGAAGCGGCCGCUCAAGAGUGUCGUCCUAGCAGGAGGUGUUGCAGAACAAAUCGAAGAGGAUGUCAACGCUUUCUUGCAACGGAGAAAGUGGUACGAGGAUCGAGGCAUUCCGUAUCGGCGCGGCUACCUUCUCCACGGCCCCCCUGGCUCAGGCAAGUCAUCCUUCAUCCAGGCGCUAGCGGGAGAACUCUCGUACGACCUCUGCCUGCUCAACCUCUCCGAACGCGGGCUCGCCGACGACAAGCUGAUUCACCUGCUCUCCAACGCUCCCGAGCGCAGCUUCGUCCUCAUCGAGGAUGUCGACGCUGCGUUCAACAAGCGCGUGCAGACGACUGCAGACGGGUACCAGUCCUCCGUGACAUUCUCUGGCUUCCUCAACGCCCUCGACGGCGUCGCAUCGGGCGAGGAACGCAUCAUCUUCAUGACGACAAACCACCCUGAACGCCUCGACCCUGCGCUCAUCCGCCCCGGCCGCGUCGACCUCUCCGUGCUCCUCGACGACGCGACCCCUGAGCAGGCACGCAGGCUGUUCAUUCAGUUCUACGGGGGCUCGGACGAGGUAAGUCAGGACGAGCUGGCGCGCAUGGGUACGCGGGUGGAGGAGAUCGUGCGGGAUGCAAAAACGCGGGAACGGAGAGCGAGCAUGGCUGCACUGCAGGGCUUGUUCAUACGGAGCCCUGUUCAGGAUGCUGUGGCAGGCAUCCAGUCACUGCUGUCCUAUAGUGCACCUUAGGACAUCGGAACAUCGCCAAAAGUAUAUAGGGUCCUGGCCGUAGAUGUUGCAUAUAUUGCUACUAACAUGCCUCGAAAAUAAUGAUACCGUGACCCGAACCCUAC